UCUUCCUCUUUCUCUUGACAUCAUGGAGCAGGACGUGCUCACUCAGUUCAGGAAGCUGAAGCUUCGGAAGGCGGCAGGUCCGGACAGAGUUUCCCCUGCCAUCCUGAAGCAUUGUGCUGCUGAGCUGGCUCCAAGUGUUCAUGGACAUCUUCAAUGCUUCCUUGGUGUCCUGUCAAUGUUCCUGCCUGCUUUAAGUCCUCCACUAUCAUCCCUGUUCCCAAGAAGGCCAGGAUCACAGGACUGAAUGACUACAGACCGGUGGCACUGACGUCUGUGGUCAUGAAGUCCUUUGAGCGCCUGGUUCUAUCCCACCUGAAAUCACUGCUUCUCACCUGGACUCAUUGCAGUUUGCCUACAGAGCCAACAGAUCUGUGGACGAUGCAGUGAACCAGGCCCUUCAUUUCGUUCUGGAGCAUCUGGACUGCCCAGGAAGACAAGCUUCGCCAGCUCGACGUGCCUGACUCCCUCUGCAGAUGGAUUACAGACUUCCUGACCAGCCGAAGUCAGCGUGUGCGGCUGGGGACGACUGUCUCUGACACUCGGACCCUCAACAUCGGGUCUCCUCAGGGCUGUGUUCUCUCUCCAUGGCUCUUCUCUUUGUACACUAACUGCUGCACCUCCAGCCAUGAGUCCGUGAAGAUGAUCAAGUUUGCGGAUGACACCACCAUCAUCGGGCUCAUCUCAGAUGGAGAUGAGUCGGCUUACAGGAGGGAGGUGGAGCGGCUGGUGUCCUGGUGCAGCCACAACAACCUGGAGCUCAACGCUCAGAAGACAGUGGAGAUGAUCAUGGACUUCAGGAGAAUAACAGCUCCUCCGUCCUCUCUAAUGUUGGCUGGUUUACCCAUUCCUAUUGUGGACUCCUUCUGCUUCCUGGGAACCACCAUCACUGAGGACCUCAAAUGGGAGCCAACCAUCAGGUCCCUCAUCAGGAAGGCCCAGCAGAGAAUGUUCUUUCUGAGGCAGCUAAGAAAACUACGACUGCUGACGAAGUUGCUGGUGGAGUUCUACACGGCCAUCAUCCAGUCCAUUCUCACCUCCUCUAUCACUGUCUGGUGCAACAGCGCCACCUCCAGGGACAAGAGCAGACUGCAGCGCAUCGUACGUUCUGCUGAGAAGGUGAUCGGUUGCAGCCUGCCACCUCUUCAGGACCUGUAUGCCUCCAGGAGCCAGAGACGUGCAGGUCGGAUCAGAGCCAACCCUUCUCAUCCUGAACAUGGACUGUUUGUUCCUCUUCCCUCUGGCAGGAGGCUACGGUCCAUCCAGACCAGAACCUCCCAUCACAGGAACAGCUUCUUCCCCUCGGCCGUCAGACUGUUGAAUUCAUGAACAGCCUUGUUGUUAUGUUAUUCUAUUUAUUUUAUUUUAUUUUAUUUACUUUUUGACUGCACGUUAUUCCAAAACACUUUCCUAGUUAGUGGGCUCCCCACUGACCAUGGCAAUAAAUUUGAUUCUGAUUCUGAUUCUGAUUCUGAGAUGGAGGCAGGCUUUCUUGUUGAUGCCAGUGAGGACAAGUUACGGCAGUGCAGGUGGGAGCAUGAAGAAUGAAUGAAAGUCACAGACCCUGACAGUCUCAUUCACCUGCCGUCACCAUGCAGCUGAGAGUGGACACAGGUCACACAGAUGACACUGUUUAGAUCUGUACAUGAAUGUGGUCAGACACCGCCUCCAAGUUUGAAGCCGAAGGAAACACAAAUAUAAGUAGCCACAGGCACUCACACUCACUUGAGCUGGAUAGAGGAAGUUCCUCAGCAAAAGGGAACCAGGAACCUGAGAAACCGACAAUAAUGAACUCAGAGUCAAGUACUGAGACAGAAGAAUGGAGAUCCAUUCUCUGAUGGUUCUGGUCUGUUUUCUGGCAGGGGUUUCAGACGUGGACGCGUAUCAUCUGAGACUAACAGGGAAGGAGGGGGAAGAUAUCACAAUUACAUGUUCUCACUCAAAUGCUUACAGCAACACAAAGUAUUUCUGCAGAGGAGAAUGUGACUACGAAGAUGUCCUCAUAACCAGCAAAGGUCCAAACACAGCCAAGUAUCACAUAACUGACAGAGGGGAUGAUUUUGAUGUGACCAUUUAUAACCUGGAGGUGAAAGACUCAGGAUCAUACACGUGUGGAGUAGACAGAGUUGGCCGGGACACAUAUAAUGAAGUUCACCUCACCGUUGUCAAAAAACCACGAGAGAAGACAGAACCAGAAGAGAAGAAGAAAGAAAUUGGCGAGAAGAAUGAAACUGCAGAGGGGCAGAACGUCACUGACAUGCCAGAUGGAAUUGAGGAACAUCCUCCACCAUCAAAAACUGCGGUGUACAUCGGAUUAGGCCUCAGGAUUUGCUUUUGGCUUCUGGUGCUCCUCCCAUUACUGGUCUUUGUCCUACGAAGGCGACGCUUGGGAGCCUCCUCUGACAGAGCAGAGCGUGGCUUCCACUACUCUGCUUCAGAUCCAGACGCUGUUGUUUCCUCUGAGGUCACUGUGAGGGAAGGAUGACAGAACCCUGCAGACCAGACGCUCCACUCCAGCCUCACCACCACCCAUCAUGCAUCAGGAUUCAAAUCAAACUUUGUUUUGCAUGACCACGUGUGUGUGCCUAUGUUGAAGCAUAUCUAUUCUAGUGAGGUCCAAUUUGGGGGAAAACACCGCCUUGUGGAGCUCUUUUGCAAAUCCCCAGCAAGAUGGUAUGACAAACCUAUGUGUGUGUGCAUGUGUGUUUGGGGGAUUGGUUUAUCUUCUGUGAUCAUUCAAUACCCUGA